AUGCUCGAAAUUGAGAAAACAGCAACUGACGAUGAAAUCAAAAAAGCAUAUCGUCGAUUAGCUUUAAAAUGGCAUCCGGAUAAAAAUCUCUCAAGUAAAAAACAAGCUGAAGAAAAAUUUAAAUUAAUUUCUGAAGCUUAUGAAGUUUUAUCUGAUAAAGAUAAACGUCGAAAAUAUGAUCAAUUGGGUCGAGCAGGUUUAUCAAAUGGUGUUGGAAAUAGUUCAUAUUCAUCUAACGGUGGUUAUUCAAGAUUUUCUGAAGACUUUCUUAAUCGUACAUUUCAUUUUCAUAAUCCAUUUGAUAUAUUUGAACAAUUUAUGUCACAUUUCGGCAUGGAUGAUGAUUUUGACAAAUGGAGACGUAAUGCUUUUCAUUUUGGUUUUGGUAUGAAUCCAUUUGGUGAUUUACAUAGUCGUCUUCAUCGUUUUGGAAAUCAAAGUUCAUCAUUAUUAUCAUCACGACGUGAUCCACAUCGACAACAAAUGGCUUUAUUUGAUAGUAUGUUUUCUCCAAUGCGAAUGUCUUUAUUUGAUCAUAAUCUAUUUGAUCAUGAUUUUGGUGGACAUCAUACUGGAUCUAUAUCAUCAAUUAAUUUUUCAUCUGGUGAUGGAAAUUCUCGACCAGUAUCAAAGAAAACAACGAAAUCAACUAAAAUAAUUAAUGGUCGUCGUAUUGUCACAACACGAGUAGAAGAAAAUGGACAAACAACAGAAACCGUUGAAGAAGAUGGUAAAAUAACAUCAAAAAAAGUCAACGGAAUUACACAAGCAAUUAAAUGA